CGAAUCUAGAGUGUUGGUCGUGGGCUGGUUGGAAUCUGCUGCAAUGGUGUCGGCGGCGCGGGCAUCGAAGCUGGUGUAUGUGGUCGCAGGAGAAGCAUCUGGGGACGCAAUUGGAGGGAAGCUCAUUCGAGCGUUGCAGAGACGCCAUGGAGAUGGUCCAUUCCAGUUCCGUGGGGUCGGCGGACCACAAAUGACGGCCGCGGGGAACUUCUCGUCGUUGUUUCCAAUGCAAGAGCUGUCUGUGAUGGGCCUUGUAGAGGUAUUGCCGAGGGUGCUAGCAAUUAAGCGGCGUCAUCGUCACGUUGUCGAGGACAUCAAGACGAGUCAACCUGACGCGAUCGUGACCAUUGAUUCCAAGGGCUUUUGCUUCCGUGUGCUCAAGACAUUGCAAUCCGAGCGCAACUCCACGGGUCGCUGUCCAGCCAUUGUGCAUUACGUUGCUCCAUCCAUUUGGGCCUUCAAGCACAAAUAUCGCAAAGCAGCAUCCACUGCAUCGUCCCUUCGACAGUUUAUGGACCACAUGCUCGUGCUCCUUCCCUUUGAAGGACCCCUCUUCAACCAAGGUCACGCUGCCGCGCCGUGGACAACUUUCGUCGGCCAUCCUUCUGUCGAGGCAUUUCUAGACUCCCACAACCUUUUCCGGCAACACAAACUGACUGCAUCGAAGGCACACACUGCCAUAUCCGCCCGGUUUGGGGCUAGAGAGUGGCUCCCUGAACGACCUGGCGACACGGUCUUGGCUGCCCAAGCUGCGAUAUUCCACCAGGCGAGGCUAUCCGGCCGACAAAACUCUCUUGAACGUGGAGAAUUUGUGAUUGCUGCGUUGGUUGGCAGCCGAGAGAACGAAGUCCGGCGCACGAUUGGCCUUGUCAAAGCCGCCGUGGCAUCGUUUGCCCACGACAAGAAUGUCCAAGUCCACGUCGUAUUUCCAACAAUCCCAUCGAUCGCUUCGCUUCUUCAUCAAAGUUUGCACGGGUGGGCAAUUCCGCACACGAUCAGCGUUCAAGUUGAAGCCAAGACGAGCGUGCUGCAGACGAGCAACGUGGCCCUGGCAGUGUCUGGAACGGUCGUGAUCGAGUCGCUCCUGGCAGGCACACCGACGAUCGUUAUCUACCGAGCUAACUGGUUCACGGAAAUGAUUGCCACUGCACUCGCACGAGUGAAAUUUGUGACGCUGCCCAACAUUUUGGUCGAACAGGAGAUCGUCCCCGAGCUGAUUUUUUCAAAGUGUACUCGGGCUAAUAUCGCCAACGCACUCACCAACGCAUUCAAGGCAGGGACGAUCCCCGAUCCAUCCAACGACGUCCUCGUGAGUGCAGCGUUGAGUCAGCUCGUCCCAUGGACUGUUGACAAGUCGUCGGUGACGCCCUGCCGAGGAAGUGACUUGGCCGCGGCGGUCGUCGUUCACGAAAUGAACAAGAAAGCCCAAAUGACUUGACUGCACAAUCCACGUUGCAUGCGGUUAAGUGGCUUGAACGGCAGGUGAUCGAGUCAGAAUCGCCACUGCCGCGACGACGAGCACCAACGCUACGACAAGCAGGAUCUCGACGAGCACCCAGAACGAGUACUUUUCAUCACGGUUGUCGUCGUCUUCAUCGCUAGAUGGACCACAUCCAUAACACACAAGAGAUGGCAUGGAGCAUGAAGCAAGCAAUCGUUUACCUGUCCUCGUCUGGGGACGGC